AUGGCGAGGACCAAAGUUGCUAUUCAGUUCAGAAAUCUAACUCCGGAACACUUCGCCACAGUGCCGUGGUCAAUAGCGCAGAAGGUCUGGGAUCAACUAUUGUCAAUGCGAGCAGAGAGCUUUCACGCUUGGAGGACUCUGGCGACGGCAUAUCCCAGUUCCGAAGAAUUCGGAAGGCGUGAAUACCGCUAUCUCCUGGACAUUAAGCAAUUAGCAAUGCCAAUUACGGAUUAUUUCAACGGCAUCACGUCCAAGGAAUUAAUGUGGCUCAGUUGCCUCCGAAUCUCCCCCAAGCAAAUGGCGACGAGCAGCCUUGUCUCGAUCCACACUAUUACCAACCUCGCUGUGCUUGAUCUUUCGGACGGCCAGGUCACGAUUGACAAUGAGGUUUCUAAAUUUGACGAACGUGUCCUGCGGUCUUGGGCGGAGCUUGCACGCUCCGGAGAGGCCUUUCAGCAUCUGCGAGUGAUACUCUUUGGUUGGCAGGAGCAUCUGUCGGACUGGAUCUUCAAAUACGCUGACUGGUUCCCAUCUCUAUGUCACAUCAUUAUCACGGAUUGCCCGAGAAUGCACCAGAGAAACCGAGCACUGUGGGAACCAACCGCGCAAGCCUCAGGAUGGGAGGCUAGACAUGCCAAAAAGAGUGCAAAAAGCCUCCGGCCGAUCAUUGGAAAUCAGGACUUUGCCUUUGGCGCAAUCUCGGGUUGCUACUAUGACAGUUUGGAGCUGUACAGCCAGUUGUCGCACAAUGGCUGGCCCGGCCUCACUGAUAGCCGACCGUUACUGGAAGCGUGGAUCGGCAAUCCUCGACACUGGUCGCAUAUUGUUGACGACUUCCCCUCUACACGAACGAUCUUUCUGGAGAAUAUCAAGACACAUGGUCGGAAGGCUGGAGACGGACGUUCUACUAGCAGCAGCGACCACGAACCGGCGAAGAGGGUGAGGAACCAAGAACAAGCAACCUCUGAAGCGGCAUCACCUCCUCGAAAGCGAGGGCCACGAGCAAGGCAUGCAAUGAAGUCGAAUGAGAAGAAUGUCACGGACAUGUUGAAGGAGUUCUCGACAUAG